UGCUCCCUCCUCUUGUUGCGCCAGUGCGUGUCUGUCCCUCCUCUUGUUGCGCCUGCGCGUGCCUGCUCCCUCCUCACGUUGCGCCUGCGCGUCUGUCCCUCCUCUCGUUGCGCCUACGCGUAUCUGCUUCCCCUCAACUUGUUCCGCCUGCGUUUCUGCUCCCUCUCUCUUGCUGCGCUUACGCGAGCCUGCUCACCAUCCCCUUGCUGCGCUUGCGCAAGUCUGCUCACCCUCCACUUGCUGCGCUUGCGCGAGUCUGCUCGCUCCCUCGCUCCACUUGCUGCGCCUGCGCGAGUCUGUUCGCUCCCUCUCUCCACUUGCUGCGCCUGCGCGAGUCUGCUUCAACCCCCCCCUUCCUCCACUUGUUGCGCGUGCGCCGCCUCCUCUGGCAGUGAGACCCUCAAAUUACAUCAUUUCCUCAGGAGGUGGAAGCGUCGGCGGGGAGGGCCUCCUCGGGUAUAAAAGGGAUGAAAACUCAAAAUCAUCCGACCCAGAGAAAACAAAAAUAAAGGCAAUGUAUUGAGUGGAGUUCCAAACACAACUGAAACAAAAAGUCUUUGUGUUGAUCAUUUCAUUGUUCUGUCAAUCAAGUAAAUGGCAGCUGCAGAUGAUUUACAAUUUCAAGAGUUUGAUGAUGCCACAAAUCUGCUGGCAGCAAAUCCAGAUGCUACCACAAUAAGCAUAACGGACACCAAUGAUAAACCUAAAAAUCAGAGAGGCCCACCAGGCAAAUUGGGCAGAGAUGAGGAUGAAGAUUUGCUCGGGAAUGAAGACUCUGAUAAAGCAGAGUUGCUUGCAGGACAAAAGAAGAGUGCACCAUUUUGGACAUUUGAUUAUUAUCAAACAUUUUUUGAUGUAGACACCUACCAGGUGUUGGACAGAAUAAAAGGUUCCCUUUUACCAUUGCCUGGCAAAAAUUUUGUGAGGUUGUAUAUUCGGAGUAAUCCAGAUCUUUAUGGUCCCUUCUGGAUAUGUGCCACACUUGUGUUUGCAAUAGCAAUAAGUGGCAAUCUUGCAAAUUUCUUGACUCACCAUGGUCAGCGUGGUUACCGCUAUGUACCUGAGUUCCAUAAAGUUUCUAUAGCAGCUACAGCUAUCUAUACCUAUGCCUGGCUUAUUCCUCUCGCCCUUUGGGGCUUUCUAAUGUGGAGAAAUAACAAAGUGAUGAAUAUCGUGUCAUAUUCAUUCCUGGAGAUAGUGUGCGUUUAUGGAUACUCGCUGUUUAUUUACAUUCCCACUGCGGUGCUGUGGAUUAUUCCUAACGAAGUAGUUCGUUGGAUCACAAUUGUACUUGCCAUGUGCCUCUCAGGCACCGUGCUAUUGAUGACCUUUUGGCCAGCUGUCCGUGAUGAUAACCAGAGAAUUGCCAUAGCCACCAUUGCAGUAAUUCUGAUCCUUCAUGCCCUGCUUGCAGUUGGCUGUAAGGCCUAUUUCUUUGAUCCUCCGGAACAAGUCAAAACUACAUUUAUAUCCACAACCACCCCUGUUACUAUAAAUGGGACUACCUUGGCUUCCAACAGAACAUAAUCUGCCAGAUUAUUUUACUGAUGUCUCGGCAAUUAUUCAGUCUGAAGAGCCUUCCCAAUCAUUGCAACUUGGGUUACAUAAUUAAAGAAAAAAACUUCAAAGACGUUAUUCAACAGACACUGGGACACUUGAUUGUUGCAAAGAUCCAAAUUGACUCAAUUAAAUUUUGGGAUUAUUCUCA